GCUGGAUGUUGUUGCAAAGUACAGGAGAGUGAGAGGGCGAUCACAGGGGCCAUUGUCUCCAGGCGUGCAGAAAAAGCAGCAGCUCAAGAUAGCAGCAACAGUGGAAAGCUAGAUUGUAUGGAGAAUGAUGGUCAGCAGCAGCAAGCUUCUUUCUGUGACCUUGCGGGGAUCGGACAAGAGAGUAGCCCGUCAGUGAUCCUGAAAGGGGAGCCUGUUGGACCGCUGGUGACCACAAAUCAAGAGGAGUACAGAGGGCAAGCAAAGAUUGUGCAGGGAAUAUCAGAUUCUAUGAAACAGAGUUCAGCCAAGGAGAAGAAGCAAAGAACUGAGGCUUUUAACUCACGGAGGGCAAGCAAGGAAGCCAUGGACCACGGAAGGCUGGAUAAAGAGAUGAUGAGCACGAAGGAUCGGGUCCAAAAUCAGCAGGCCGAGAUGGAAAGGGAUAUUAAGGAACAAAAUGGAAAGAUGGCAGAGGAGAAAGUGCUGUACGAUACGGUACAUGGCAAGUACAAGGGAGAGGUGGGUCUUUCUGCCGACAAGAAGCUUGUUGUCGACGGCAAGGAGAUCACUAUCUUCGCUCUAAGGGACCCAUCGCAGAUCCCACGCGGCCAGGCGGGAGCGGCCUACGUUGUGGAGUCCACCGGAGUUUUCACCGACAAGGACAAGGCUGCUGCACAUCUCAAAGGAGGCGCCAAAAAGGAGGUUAUCUCGGCUCCUUCUGGGAAUGCCCCGAUGUUUGUGAUGGGCGUUAACGAGAAGUCAUACACGACCGAUCUGGACGUUAUUUCCAACGCCAGCUGCACCACCAACUGCAUUGCUCCUCUUGCCAAGGUCAUCAACGACAGUUUCGGCAUCAUCGAGGGUCUUAUGACCCCAGUGCAUGCUGUCACCGCUACCCAGACGACCGUCGAUGGACCAUCUGGCAAGGCUUGGAGGGGCGGUCGGGACGCUGGGUGCUACAUCAUCCCGAGCGGGACCGGCGCCGCAAAGGCCGUGGGGGAGAUUUUGCCCGUGCUUAACGGCAAGCUCACUGGUAUGGCUUUCCGUAUCCCGACGGCUGACAUGUCCGUGGUGGAUCUGACGGUGUAGCUGGAGAAUAGCGCCACCUACGAGCUUGCCAUACAUCUCAUCAUCUCUCUCAUCAAGCUCGUCUCGUGCUACGACAA